GCUGUCGGCGAGAGCUCAGAUGCCUUCACAGAGCUCAGCAGAGUCUUCUGAACACCCCAUACCCCGAAAUUACUGCUGGAUCCACCUGACUGGAGAGGAUUGCAUUAAACAGAUCUGAAGUCUAUCGGAUGCGCUCCUCUGGAAUGAGCCCUUGCUGACACCUUCCUCCUGGACUCUCUCACCGUUUACAAGUACAGGAGUGGUUGUUGCAGUAACCAUGACAGCAUUGCCGUUCCGGGUCGGACCGCUGCUCUUCUCUGGACUUGUCAUCUUCCGCCUCCUCUCUCUGCCUCUCGUCACGUCACAGACGCCAUCACUCCCAGCGACCUCUGACCCGGAGUCUGCGCCCUCUCUGCCUGGAGAGUGCCUGAGAAAAAUGCACCCCGUUACCUCCUACACAGCCGAGCUGCUCCUGAAAUGCCUGAUAAUUUCAUCAUUAGUCACUGUUUUCUUUUUGCCGCCAAAACGUUUUCAGUUCCGGUUGAGUUUGAGCAACGUCUCUCUCCUGCAGGCCACAGAAUGGGGAGUAGACGAGAGCACCAGGAGGUCCUGCCAGAGCAAAGGAAAGACAGAGGAUGAGUGUCAGAACUAUGUCCGUGUCCUCCUGUUGAACGGCAGUCGUCUGUUCACCUGCGGCACUAAUGCUUUCAUGCCCAUGUGUACGACUCGCCCUGUUACGGACAUCUCCAGCGUCCUGGAGUCCAUCGGCGGGGUGGCUCGCUGUCCCUACGACCCUCGACACAACUCUACAGCCAUGAUAACUGAGAGUGGAGAAGUCUACGCGGCCACAGUGACGGAUUUCUCCAGCCGCGACCCCAUUAUUUACCGUAGUCUGGGGAACAUGCCGCCCCUGCGGACCGCACAGUACAACUCCAAAUGGCUCAAUGAACCUCACUUUGUCUCUGCAUACGAGGCGGGCCGCUUCACGUAUCUCUUUCUGAGAGAGAACGCAGUAGAACAGGACUGUGGGAAGAUGGUCUUCUCUCGUGUGGCGCGCGUGUGUCAGAAUGACAUUGGUGGUCGUUUCCUGCUGGAAGACACAUGGACCACCUUCAUGAAGGCUCGACUCAACUGUUCCCGCUCUGGAGAUGUUCCCUUCUACUACCAUGAGCUGCAGAGCACCUUCUACCUUCCUGAGCAAGAUCUCAUCUAUGGAGUCUUCACCACCAAUGUGAACAGCAUUGCUGCGUCAGCGGUGUGUGCGUUUAACCUCAGUGCCAUCACGCAGGCCUUUAACGGACCCUUUCGUUAUCAGGAGAACCCUCGGACCAGCUGGCUUUCCACUCCCAACCCCAUCCCAAAUUUUCAGUGUGGGACAGUGAAUGAUUCGGGUCCGGGCGGUAAUCUAACAGAACGCAGUCUUCAAGACGCCCAGCGGCUCUUUCUCAUGAGCGAGGUGGUUCAGCCCAUCUCCACGGAUCCUCUGGUCACGCAAGACAACAUCCGUUUCUCCAGACUGGCUGUGGACAUUGUUCAGGGAAGAGACACGCUCUACCACGUCAUGUACAUCAGCACAGAGUAUGGCACCAUCAUCAAAGCCUUAUCCACAACUAAUAAGAGUCUGCGCGGAUGUUACUUGGAGGAGAUGAGCAUUCGCCCAGAAAACAUGCAGGAGCCAAUCCUGAACCUGCAGAUUCUGCACAGCGAUAGGUCGCUUUUCGUGGGACUUCCCAGCAGAGUGCUGAAGAUCCCUCUGGAGAGAUGCUCCAACUACAAAACCGAACAGGACUGUCUGGGUGCCAGGGAUCCGUACUGCGGCUGGGACCGGAAACAGAAGCGCUGUACGACGAUUGAGGACAGUUCCAACAUGAGCCAGUGGAGUCAAGACAUCACAAAGUGCCCUGAGCGGAACCUCACCCAGGAUGGUGGAUUUGGCCAGUGGUCACCAUGGCAGGCUUGUAACCAUGACGACGGAGGUGAAGGCACCAGCACGUGUCAGUGUCGCACUCGGGCCUGCGAUAACCCUCGCCCCCAGUGUGGAGGGAUGGAGUGUGUCGGGGCGAACAUUGAGGUGGCCAACUGCUCCAGGAACGGAGGCUGGACUCCCUGGUCAUCCUGGGCCGAGUGCAGCACCAGCUGUGGCAUUGGAUUUGAGGUCCGACAGCGGUCCUGUAACAACCCAGCACCCCGACAUGGAGGACGCGUAUGUGUGGGUCAGGCACGAGAGGAGAGAUUGUGUAACGAAAAGAAUCCAUGUCCUGUUCCGGUGUCCUGGGUCUCCUGGAGCGCUUGGUCCAAAUGUAGUGUUCCCUGCGGUGGUGGAGUCCAAUCCCGUGUUCGAACCUGCGAGAAUGGAAACACAUGUCCUGGUUGCCCUCUGGAGUAUAAGGCGUGUAACUUGGACCCGUGUGCCGAAGUGAGGCGGACCACACCGUGGACACCCUGGUACCCUGUUAAUGUGACUCAGAUGGGGGCGAGACAGGAGCAGCGGGUCAGGUACACCUGCAGGGCUCUCCUCGCCGACCCUCACGACCUGCAGCUCGGCAAACGCAAGAUAGAGACUCGCCUCUGUCCCACCAGUGACGGAGCUGCUGCCUGCGAGACUGAUGGUCUAGUUGAGGAUUUGUUGAGAAUGGGUCGACCUGUGACACGAGUGCAAGGAGCCGCCUGGUCGUCAUGGGAAACGUGGUCCGCAUGUUCCAAAGAGUGUUCCAAAGGCUUCCGCACACGCAAGCGCUCCUGCGCCACACCGGAUGGCAAGAGCACGCCGUUCGCCUGCAGCGGAGCGCCGGUCGAAUAUCAGGACUGCAACACUCAGCCGUGCCCAGUGAAGGGGGCGUGGUCAUGCUGGUCUUCCUGGUCUCAGUGUUCUACUUCCUGUGGCGGCGGUCACAACCAGCGCUCCCGUACCUGCUCUAACCCUUCCCCUGCUCAUUCUGGAGACAUCUGCAUCGGCCUGCACACAGAGGAAGCGCUCUGUAACACACACGAGUGUGAAGGUGGGUGGGGGGCGUGGUCAGAGUGGGCGGAGUGUAACGAGGAGGCGCUGCUGCUCAGGACUCGUACAUGUGAAAUAAGCUCCGCCUCUUGCCAAGGAAACUCCACAGAUCAGAGACAGUGUCGACCCAAUGAGAGCGCAGUGCUGUCAGAGGGACAGAAGAGGAGCACAAACUGUGGAGGGUUUUCUCUGUUCCAUUUGGUGCUGACUGGAGCGUGCUGUUUUCUGGGAGCCGUUUUGUUGUCCAUCCUGGUGUAUGUGUACUGCCAGAGACUCCGCAAACCCCCUCAGGAAUCCGCAGUUAUCCAUCCCAGCACCCCCAACCACCUACACUAUAAAGAGAACAGCUGUGCACCCAAGAACGACCUAUACACACCCAUGGAGUUCAAGACUCUGAAUAAGAACAACCUGCUUCCACCAGACGAAAGCUGCAACUUCUUCCCAUCAGCGUUACCGCAGACCAACGUCUACGCCACCACAUAUUACCCGUCUCCUCUGGGCAAAUAUGACUUCCCUUCCAUGGAUUCACCCUGCAGCUACAUGCACAGCUGAUGCACGGACACACAUCUCAUGCUUUCUUAGGGCUGUGUGACCACGGUUCCACUCCCUCAUCCCUCCAUGCAGAUGCAUUGGCUGAGCGCAUAAUCUGCAUCUCAAAAGAUGCAGGAAAAUGCAAAGGAGUGAUGUUCGGAUAAGAUGGGCCCAUGUAGUUUCCUUGUAGCAUUUCCUUUCCUAAAUGGCAUCUCGAACUGGAAGUCACGGGUUCAGCUGAUCACAUGCGUCGUAUUAACUACAAACUGACACUCACAAAGCAUGCACACUUCUUACAAUGCAAAGGAGCAAGAGGAAUUCUGGGAUCAAGCUCGAAACUGAAUUGUGACGUACUACUUUAUGUGCUGGCGUCAUAAUCGAAAAACUGCAAUGCAGAACUCGCUUUGAGUCGAUUAAGCAUGAAGCCUUCCAGACAGCUGUGACGUCUCACAGUAAGCCCAAACAUCUGUUUCCCUUAUUUGAUCCUUGUUUACUUCUUUUUCUGCUCCAGAACUCCAAGAACUACAAAGAUGUGAGAUACAUGGAAUCAGGAUUACCGGUAAUGCGACUGGUUAACAUCAGUGAUGUAUGGAUGAACUCAUAAAAGAGACCGUUAUCUUCAGUGUCCAAUAAAAGACCUGAGCUCAUGGAUAUAUGGCCGUCCACACACUGUUACACAUAUGGCUGUGGAUUUGUCCGUCAGACACUUUUUAAAGGGAAAGUUCACCAAAUAUGACAGUUCUGUCAUCAUUUACUCACUCUUAUGUCAUUACA